AUGGGUGCUGUAAUGGGUACGUUCUCCUCUCUACAAACGAAACAAAGAAGACCAUCAAAAGGUAAGAUCUCCUCUAUGGAUCAUUUGGAUCAUGACAACAGGUCUGAUAAAAUUGAAGAUGAAUUAGAAAUGACUACAGUGUGCCAUAGACCCGAAGGACUGGAACAGCUUGAAGCACAGACAAAUUUUACUAAAAGAGAACUCCAGGUGCUUUACAGAGGAUUCAAAAAUGAAUGUCCUAGUGGGGUUGUUAAUGAAGAGACGUUCAAACAGAUCUAUGCGCAGUUCUUUCCACAUGGAGAUGCUAGCAUGUAUGCACAUUAUCUCUUUAAUGCAUUUGACACUGCACAGAAUGGCUCAGUGAAGUUUGAGGAUUUUGUGAUGGCGCUGUCGAUUCUGUUGCGAGGAACGGUCCACGAGAAGCUAAGGUGGACGUUUAACCUGUACGACAUAAAUAAGGAUGGCUAUAUAAACAAGGAGGAAAUGAUGGAUAUAGUAAAGGCAAUUUAUGAUAUGAUGGGAAAGUACACAUAUCCUGUGCUCAAGGAAGAUGCUCCGAGGCAGCACGUAGAAGUAUUCUUCCAGAAAAUGGAUAAAAACAAAGAUGGUGUUGUAACUUUAGAUGAGUUUAUUGAAUCCUGUCAAGAGGAUGACAAUAUCAUGCGAUCCUUACAGCUCUUUGAGAACGUCAUGUAA